UCCGACAUGGCACUUGAUGACGACAGCGGGAUGACAUCGGCUGACGAUAUGGAAUUCGGCGCAUGUGCGAUUCUCGCCAACAACCAAUUGAGUGAUUGCCGGCUGGACGGUAUCAGUCUGCUUCAUAAAGCAGCUCCCUUCAGGGCACCGACGGGGCGUGAAACCGGCAUGGCGGCAACAGUGCACUUCACGAUGUUUCUACUGCUUCUGCAGCAUGACGAGACACCCGAGUGUGCCCCAGGUGGCUCCUAUGGCAACUACAUCAUGUUCGCCCGGGCGACGACGGGUCUUCAACCGUUCAACCGGAAAUUUUCCCCCUGCAGCUUACGCAGCAUUAGCGCCGUCCUCUACGCCAUCAUCAACGGCCUCUACGAUAAGGAGAACUGCUUUCUGUCUCACCAGGAGUCCUUCUGCGGCAACAACGUGCGCGAGGAAAACGAAGACUGUGACUGUGGGUACCACGAGAAAAACUGCCGCGACCUGUGCUGCUAUGCGCGCAAGAAUUCGCAGCGUGCUGCCGGCUGCACGCUGCGUCCGAACGCUCAGUGCAGGUGCGUCCCGUCAACGCCGAUGUGGCGCAGUCACCGUGAUUUUUUUCUUCUUCAUUACAGUACUGCCUCUCGACAGCCAAGGCAGGAGUGUCAACACGAACUACAGAUUUCCACUUUUGAGCCGUUAUGAAGCCACAAGAAGUAAUAAAAUGCUUAUUAGCGCAAACACAUGCACACCCUGCAACUUGAAAAGAAAAUUAUAUCGACGGUAGGAUCACGGCUAUCAUAUAGGCGCGUUGCACUGAAUUAAUUGAAAAGAAAAGCAAGGCGUUAGAGGUAUACGAUGAACGUACGACAUAUAACAAGGAAAUGAGGCUAGGCAUGAGUAAAAUCUCCAAAAUCAUAAAUGCUCAUGCAUAAGUGAAAAACGCAUUAAUUGUAGGUGAGUUUGCGACAUUAUGUGGUAACUCACAUUCCUUUCGGUUAUUGUCCUGAGCAAAAAAAAAAAAAAAAAAGAUCGGUAUGUCUUCGUUCGAGCUUGCGUGAAUAUAAUGGUUUUAUCGUGUUUUAUUCUCGUUGGUUCAUGUUAAACUCCGUACAAGUGCCAAAUUGAAGCUGUUUAUUGACAACGGUGAAAAUCGUUUGCAAACGGUGUAAUUUCGCCGCGAUUCGGGCGCAUACGGAGGCCAUGUCAAUUCGUGAGAUAGGCCAUAGAUGUUUGCCGCCUAUGGGUGUUGUAUAUGAAACAAGAAUAUCUUUAUUCUGCAUAAUUUUCAGACAAGAAAUGUUUGUUCUUGCAACUGCGUGUGCAUGUCUGCUUAAACUAGCAUUUGUUGACAGCUAAAACAUCACAGGCAGCUUACGAAUAUCAAGAAUCGGUGCGUUCUGCAGCUACAUGACUGAUGCUUGGAGAGUGACCCCAUCACGGGAGGAACUUUAAUAUGUCACAAUUAUCGAUGAAACAAAACUGAUGGGCGCAGAGUUUUCAACGAAGGGGUGAUCAGUGCUGGUAGCUGAUACUUUAAUUGAUAUCGAGAUAAAAAAAAGGAUUUCGGCAGUGCACGCAGUUCGUAUGGCAGGUAUCUAUCAGGCUAUUACAGUAACAAUGGUUGCUAAGUAUAGGGUAGUAGAGGGUGACAAAUAAAUAGUCGAUGAUAUUAAGCCAUUUGUAAGCACAGGAAAAGUUGACUGACGCAAUACAGAAGUAAGUGGAUGUCACUAGGAGAGUCAUUCUUCCUGCAUUACAGGUCAAUAAUAUACUGAUCAUGACAGGUAUAACGUGUCCA